CGCCCCCUCCAGGAGGCUAUUUAAAGAGGAACUGAUGAGCAACUUUCUCUGAAGAGAGAGGAGAAACUCUGAAGGAGAAGGAGUGAGUCAGUCGGCAGCCUGAACCCUCUCCCUUCCCUUUACUGGGGAUGUCUGGCACCUUGGGGACAAUGACCUGGACCCUGUUCCUCCUCCUCCUUGCACCUGGCUGGGUAGAACCGCAGGCCUGCACGUAUCCAUGCCAGUGUCCCUCCCAGCCUCUGCAAUGCCCCGCUGGCACCAGCCAGGUGUUGGAUGCCUGUGGUUGCUGCAAGGUGUGUGCCAGGCAGCUCGGCGAGCUGUGUUCCCUGCAGAAACCCUGUGAUCAUCACAAGGGACUCUACUGCGACUUCUCCAAAAUCCACAGAGGCAGCGGGAUCUGCUUAGCUCACGAGGGAGCCACUUGUGACCUGCUGGGCAAGAUCUACCACAACGGGGAGAGCUUCCAGCCCACCUGCAAGUUGCAGUGCAUCUGCAUGGACGGGGCCAUCGGCUGCAUCCCCCUCUGCUCCGACGACCUGCGGCUGCCAUCCCCCGAGUGCCCCAACCCCCGGCGGGUGAAGUUUCGCAAUAAGUGCUGCGAAGAGUGGAUCUGCGAGGAGGGCGGUGAGGAAAACCGCUUCGAAACGGCCAUGGCGGUUUUCAGGGAGGAUCCAGCACGCAAGCCGGAGCUGAAUAACCUGCAGGAGAACUGCUUGGUGCAGACCACCGAGUGGAGCGCGUGCUCCAAGAGCUGCGGCAUGGGCAUCUCUGCCCGGGUCACCAACGACAACCCCCAGUGCCGCCUGGAGAAGGAGACUCGGCUCUGCAUGGUCCGUCCCUGCGACUUCCCCAUGGAGAAAACCAAGAAGGGGAAGAAGUGUGUGCGGACCCCAAAGCCACGCCAGAGCCUCCACUUUGAGUUUUCGGGCUGCACCAGCACCCAUUCCUACCGGCCCAAGUUCUGCGGCAGCUGCACCGACGGCCGCUGCUGCACCCCGUACGUCACCAGCACCGUGGAGGUGGAGUUCCGCUGCCCCGAGGGGGACUUCUUCCAGCGGAAGAUGAUGUUCAUCAAGAUGUGCUCCUGCCACUACGACUGCCCCCGAGACAACGACAUCUUCCUGGCCACGUAUCACCGGAGGAUGAUUGGAGACCACGUCAAGACAGAGAGGCAGUAGCCCUCUCCGUGCCAGAUCCACGGGCCAAGGUGUCAAGAGGGCUCUGCAGCGCUUUCGUGGCUGUGUCCCAGGACGAUGCAGCCUCUUCCCCCUCUGUGAGGGGCUGUGCUCUUCAGAACAGCACCGUUCGCCACCAGUGGUCCCAGUGGCCUUGCCAACAAGCCGGGGUGCAGGGGGGAACAGCCCCAUCUGCCCCAGGCUCCUGACCCUCACCCGCGGUGGUGCAACGGUCAGCGAAGGAACCAGAAACAGGCUUGAGCUGCAGACUUGAUCCAUGUUCCCGCUGACCAGACGGGAGAGUGGAUCAAAGCCGCGUGGCUCCAGCCUGUCUCCAGCUGAGAGCACAGUGGCUACGAGUCCCUGUGGCCACUGGCCUGCCAAAACCACAUGGAGAACCCAGAGCAGGAGAGAGGGGAAGCCCAGGAGGCCGGAGCUCUGCAGCCGCUUCCCAGCAGAGCGGGGCUCCGCUGCGUGUGGAUGCAAACCUCGGUGAGGAAAGCGGUCCUGGCCCCGUGCUGGGCUCCUGCUGAGCUGUUCAAUUAUUUUUUGGCUAAUUGGAUCCAAGAAGUUGGCAAAAGCUCUUCCCCAUCCUCGUGCCCACCUUUCACCCUCCCCACGUGCUUUCCCGUCAGCGGCUUUAUUCCAGACCACUUGGCUCCUGGAGAGCAGGAGCAUCUCUUCGGUGACCCGUUCUCUGCGGCAGCUCAGAGCUGGGCUGUCUUUUUUUUUCCCCCGUUAAAUUCCUUUCGGCCUGGUGUGCCAGGGAGGGUGACAGCGAAGACAAGGAAAUAGCGAGUUGUGUGGUGUCACUGCGGGAGACGGAGCCCCCUGCAGAAGAUCUGAGCCCAGGAAGGGGGUUCUUGAUAGUGGAAAGGAUCCGGCCAGGCUGUCGCUUUGCCUCGGGUUCCCUGGGGCCUCUUCCAGACCCGAGGGGCUCUUCCAGCGUGAACUGGGGGUGAGCCAGGCUGAAACCUGUCCCCUGUGGUGCUGCUCCUGGCAGUUCGUAGCGCCGGGAUGUCCUUUUGUCCCUUUGGGUAACGUCUUCAGAAACGGCUCCGGGGUGGGAGAGGGGCUGGACCCACUGUCUCACACAUCCACGGUGGGGCUGCAGCUUCGGGGUCUUUGCUGGUGGGUCGUGGGUUGGAGGGACGCGGCUCGGCUCGGGUCUCCAUCACUGCCAAGAAAAACGCCCGGAUUUGUAACUGGAGCGGCUCCGGAGUGACCGAGGCAGCGGCACGGAGAGCUGCGUGGUACCGGGUUCUCCAGCGGUGGGGUUCCCUUCUUCCCCGAGCAGAGUCCCUCUGCCCUUAAGGACGUGCCGGUUGCCGGCCCGUAGCUCCGGGAGAGGCCACCAGCCCAGGAGCCCACCCGUAAGCCCCCAGCCCGGCUGGCGCAGCAGCGGUGCAGCCCCCACCUCGGCAGCUCCCUGAAGCCUUAUCAGUUGUGUUUAGUCUCUGCCGAUUUUGGCAGAAACAUCCAGGUAAAGGCCCGAUCUGGUCCCUUAAACCCUUCCUGCCUUUCACGGCUGGAAAUCCCGGUGAAUUCCUGUCCCAGCCGGGCAGGAGCAGGGGCCACCCUGCAGCAUCCAGGCUUUACCCCACUGCAGCUCCCACCCCGAAGCCGAAGGGACCUCCUGGUGCCGGAGGACGAUCCCAGCCCUCGAUAAACGCUGUCCCGCGGCCCCUGACGCCGCAGAAACACCCGCUCGGUGCCGAUCCCGUCUCAGCCCCUCUUUCCUUGCUCUCUCAGCCUGCGGAAGCUCAUGAGCCUUCAGCCUCCUGUGCCCUGUAAUCAAUUUGAACUGUAAAUAAUUUAUCUGAUGUUGUUUCCGUUGGUUUUUUUAAGGGCCUUUGUACAGUUCCUGUACCCUGGUUUCAGCCCAGCCUCGCUCGGGGCCUCUUCUCCCCCUGCCCCCGGCUCUGCUCUGAGCUUUUCUCCUGCCGUUUGCCCGGCUUCCCAGUGUCAAACGACGCCGAGGUCGCACUUUACUCCACGCUAAUAAAUAUCUCUUUUAUUUUUUACAUCCCUGGCAGCAUCCCUCUGUGCGAGGCUCCUGCUCCGGCC